UGUACAUCAAGAGUCAAGAUCAAGUCAUACUCUCUCAUUUCCUUGACCGCUACCUGUUUCUACCAGACCCCAUAUACAAAAUGAUUAUUCCCGUCCGUUGUUUUUCUUGCGGCAAGGUCGUCGGCGAUCUAUGGGAGCGAUACUUGCAACUCCUCGACGACGGUGUUCCUGAUGGUGAUGCUAUGGAUCAAUUGGGUUGCAAACGUUACUGCUGCCGGAGAAUGGUCAUGACACACGUCGACUUGAUCGAGAAACUUUUGCGGUACAACUCAUCGGAGCGAGAGAAAGCGAAGACACAGGCCUAGUCAGACCCGCGCUGUUACGAAUUUAACGAAACUCAAAAUGUAAUAUAUGGAAUGGUUCUUUAUUAUCUGAUCAUAUGUUCUCAUCAUACCUUUGGACUCAAACAAAUCAAGAAAGAUGCCUUUUUGCCGUGCAUGUGGCUUAGAUAUGCAUCCAACUCGUCAUCCUCUUCGAUCAAAAGCAGGGCAUCGCCUCCUCUUUCAUCCUUCUCGACGCCCUCGACCCUCGUCACAACGGAAUCGGGGUACUUUGUUUGGACUAGAUUAUGAAGCUCCGCUAGGGACGAUGAAUUCAACUUUCCGAUCCACGUUCUAGAUGCCGUGUGAUUUUGGCUUUGCGGACUGAUUCGGAAAUAAACUGGUAUCGAUGGGUUCUGGAGUAGGGUGUCGACAUAGUUGAAGGCUGGAUCGCUGUCCUGUUGGAGCGCUCGAACAAGUGAUGUGUCGUUUGCCGCUUGGAGUAAGGAUGGGUCUAUUUGCAUUUCACCAAGGUCAUUUGACGCCAUUGAUGCACUCGCAAGAGCUUCGGAGGCUAGAUUGCUGAUUCCAUGAUUGUAUGCAUUGGAGGUAGCGUUUUCUAUACUGCUCUGGUUUCGCGCUUUCAUUUGCUUUGCGCUAGAAGCUCGUUUCUUUAAUGGAUCUUGUUUGGCCUGGUCAUCUCGAAGGCGUUUCAUGACAUCGCGACACAGCACUUCAAUGGCUUUGACCUUGGUGUUGUGAUUAGGAUCAGACAGACCUGGCGCUAAAAUCUGUUGCAGUAGUUCUGACCCUUGAAUCCAUCGCUGCUUGAGUUCGUU